CAGACAGAAACAUGAUCAGGCUAUUUACAGUAGAUGUAAUGUCCAAGGAAGAAGUUGAACAAAACUGUUUGCGUAGCCUUUGGUAAAAUUGAUGAACUGUAGAGACUAAUUGAAGAAAAAGUUAUGACAACCCCUUUCUCAGGAUCAACAUAUUUUCUGGUGUGUAAACCCUUUUAAACCCUGAACGGUACUUCAGAAGAGGACAAAACCUACAUCAUUGCUCCAAGAGGCAUAUUUUGCAUGGGAAUGCUGGCUUAGCAGCAAACAUUAUCCGAGAUGAAAUAAAGCCAACUCAAGCAAACCUAAGAAAUGUCCAACACUGAAGUUUGUUUCUUUUACGGAUCAUGAAAAUACUUGGAAAAAUAAAACUCUGCUGUUUUAUAACAAAAAAUGAAUACUGACGAAACUCCUGGAAAUUGUGAAGAUGGCCUGUUUCAGAGAUCCCCAUUCAGCUUAUUUAUAAAUCAGAUCAAGAAGAAGAAAUCUGCUGCUGAGAAGGGGAAAUCUCAACAUCCAUUGAGGAGCAAAAUCUUUCACCAGGCCUCCGAUCAUGGGAAAUCCAAAGAUGAAAGCAGAAAAGGAAACGGAACCCCCAAAACAAAUAAUUCUGGAGCAGAAACUCAAAGUGAGGCACAAGUUUUCUCUGCAGCAGUUGCCAUAAUGCCUCUGCUACCAGACCUGGAGGAGAUUGAUCUUUCCUGGAAUGAUUUCAUAGGAGGAAUAUUAGGGCCUCUUACCCUGCAGUUCAAACAUCUGCAGAGACUACAAGUCCUCCGACUCAGCAACUGUAUGCUCACAGCCAAAGACAUUUCCUUCUUAGGAGAAGGACUUCAAGUAAUUCCUCAUCUUGAAAUACUGGAUUUAUCAUGGAAUACCAAUGUGGGUGGGAGUUUUUCCCUUCUAACCCAAAAUAUUCCCAAAGGUUGUGCACUAAAAACACUGAAGGUGACAGAUUGCAGUCUAACUCCUGAAGAUGGUGAAUCAUUAGCUCAGCUCCUAAACAAGGUCCACAAUCUUGAAGAACUGGAUCUGUCAAUUAAUAAAAGGAUAGGAUGUAGUCUGAAGAGUAUUGCCCAGGAACUAAAAUAUGUCUCAAGCCUGAAAGUACUAAAUUUAAACAUGUGUGGAUUAAAACAUAAUGGACUCCAGUGGUUAGGGACUUCUUUGCAGCAUUUAUUAGAAUUAAGAAAAUUAGAUGUGUCUUGCAACAAAGAGAUUGGAGGAGGUUUCCAAAACUUAGUGGCUCAUUUGGCUAGCCUAAGUAAUCUUGAAGUUCUGGACCUUCAUCAGUGCUGUAUUACAGAAGAGGACAUGGCUGUUUUAACCCAGAUAAUUCCUCUUUUGUCAAGUCUUCAAGAGCUGAAUCUAUCAUCAAAUAAAAGUGUUGGCAUCUCUUCUGAUCAGCUACUUAGCAGGCUCCGAUUUUUACCCAGACUGACAUCUGUGCUCCUCAGCAAUUGUUCUUUACAGCAUGAUUCAUUUACAUCUUUAGCUGAGGCUGCCCUUCACCUUCCUGAACUGAUGAUAUUAGACCUUUCUUGGAAUAAAUGCGUUGGCGGGAAACUAAAGCUGAUUUUGGAAGCGCUAAACCUUGGAGCUAAGAUGCAAGUCUUAAGACUGAGCAGCUGCAGCCUGGUGGAUGAGGAUAUCACUGGCUUUGCUGCAGUUAUUGAAGCUGGGCACCUGGAUCAACUACAGAAGCUGGACCUGAGCUAUAACCACCUCAUUUCGGACCAAGGAUGGACAACCUUCUGCCAAGCCUUAGUUGCACUUGAUCUGCUUUCUGAACUGGAUAUCAGCCUUCGACCAUCAUUGCACUGUGAUUGUGAGGAAUGGUUUAGCCAACUGUUGGCUGCCUUGCCAAAGUUGCCUCUGUUGACAGAGCUGGGACUGCAAGGCUGGGUCCUUUCUAGAGUUCAACAAAAACAACUGGAACAAUUCAAUUGGGAUAAUGAACGAAAUGUUCGCUUUGACAUUUGAUAUGGAGCUGGACAUUGCAAACUAAUAUAACUGCAAAAAGUGACUAAGGACUUUGAUAGGUAGCUUCUCCAGACUUACCUGCUGUGGUCUAGUAGUAAAUUUUGAAGUACAGUUCCUCAUCUUGACAGUCACCACAGCCAAGGAGUGGUCCCAAGGAAAACUACCAAAUGCAGGCACCUGUAUUGAUCUAUAUCAACACAGUUUUUAGUCAUCUCAGCUUCAGCAAAAGCUGUUUUUUGCUAAGCUAGUGGGACUUAAUUCCUCCUUCAAGACCAAGUCACACCAAAAUACUUGCAUUGCAACAGAGAUAGCUCACAAAAACAUAUAGCUGUUAGGAAAGCAUCUUCUCUACUUACUGUUAAGUGGGUACUACAGCAAGGUUCAAAGGAAACAGGGAGAUUUGGUGAGGGAAUCAUAGAAUCAUAGAGCUAGAAGAGACCUCACAGGUCAUCCAGUCC